GCGGGGUCUUAAAAUAUGACGACACCGGGGGAGGGGUUCUUAAAAUAUGACGUCACCGGGGGCGGGGCGCGCCCGCUCGCUCCACAGUCUUCACCGCGCUCGCUCACAGACAACAUGUCGGCGGCCGCUCAACAAAACAACAACGAAGAGCCCGGGCUGAACGGAGUCCUGCCCCUCAGCAGCUCUGUCCCUCUCGGUGUCGCAGGGUCCUGGGUGGAGCUGGAGAUGAACGGGAACAACGGGAACGCUGCCGGGAACACGGAGAGCUUGAACUUGAACUUGAACGAGGGAGAGGGAGAGGGAGAGCGCAACGGGGGCCUGGAGCACGUGCCCUCCUCCUCAUCCAUUCACAACGGGGACAUGGAGAAGAUCCUGCUGGACGCACAGCAUGAGAGCAGCCAGAGCAGCAGCUCCUGUGACAGCCCUCCUCGCCCACACACACCCCUGGACGAGGGGCAGAUAACCUUCGAUGUGGACAUGCACACGAGCCGAGACUCCUGCAGCUCACAGUCGGAAGCGGACAGCGUGGACAGGGAGAAGGAGGAAGACAUUCUGAUGAUGAAGAGCGCUGACUGGGUAGCGGACUGGUCCAGCCGACCAGAAAACAUCCCCCCGAAGGAGUUUCACUUCCGGCACCCCAAGCGCUCGGUGACUCUGAGCAUGAGGAAGACAGGGGUGAUGAAGAAGGGGGGCGUCUUCUCAGCCGAGUUCCUCAAGGUGUUCAUCCCCUCCCUGCUGCUCUCGCACAUCCUGGCUCUGGGGCUGGGCGUGUACAUCGGGAAGAGAAUGACAACCCCCUCAGCCAGCUCCUUCUGAGCAGGGAGUGAAGAGCCUGGGGACUCCUGUCGCAGUCCGUUCCAUGGACCUCUCUCUCUCCUCUCUCCUCUCCUCUCUCUCUCCUCUCUCCUCUCUCCUCUCUUGCUCUCUCUCUCUCUCCUCUCUCCUCUCUUGCUCUCUCUCUCUCUCUCUCUCUCUCUCUCUCUCUCGUUCUUGUAUUUUAUUAUAAUGGAUUUUUUUUUGCCUUCUGUAAUUUGGUUUGCGAGCAGCAGAGACCGUUUGUUUGGGGCGCCACCUGCUCCUAAACUCUUGCGAUUCAUUUUCCUAAAGAUCCUGGUUUGCUGGACUGGCUGGCAUGCAGCGUUUUUAAAUUUGAAAGGAUGAGGAUGUAGAGCUAAAUCGUAUUCAGAAUGACGCUGAUGACGUUGUUGUAGGUGCUAGGAAUUAAAGAUUAUCUGGGCAGGCUGACCUGUCCUCGCUAGGGUAGGAGAUUUUAUAAGGAGCAGAUUUGCAAGCCGGCCGCAUAGCCUGAACAGUGAACCGCACAGUAUACUUUGUAAUCGCUUAUGCUAAGAUUUUUAAAAUGAAUUAAAAAUAGAUGAAUUUUUCUUCCAAUAUUUUGCAAGUCAGGGCAGCAGUAGGGGAGUUGCUGGGUGGCUUUUUAGCUAAGAUGGUUUUAA